GAGGCAUUCCACAGUCAAGUUCGAUCUGUGCGCGCGAUGGCACCUCCAGUUUGCGACAUCUCCUUCGAGGACAAUUCCCACGGGGUGUUCCUGGCCGGGCAGACCAUCGUCGGUCAGGUGGACAUUCAGGUUCCGAAGGCGAAGAAAGUGCGUAGUGUUUACCUGCGGUUGACCGGCCAGGGCAGCUGCAAGUGGGCGGAGACGCGGGAAACCGGUUCUAGUGCGGUGUUUAGUUCCCGGGAAGAGUACGCCGCGCACACGGUGGUCUUCCUAAGUGGGAGUUCGAGUGAAUCCAGCGAGGAGGUGGAACUGGGUGAGGGAUCACAUCGAUAUCGGUUCUCGUAUCGGUUACCUCCGGAGUGUCCCACGUCCUUCGAGGGGGACUUUGGCUAUGUGCGGUAUACGAUUCGGAUCGUGUUUGAACGCCCGUGGAAGUAUGACCUAACCUAUAAGAUUGCGUUUACGGUGGUCCAACAGUUGGAUCUUAACCGGAUAUCACCACCCCUGAACGAAGCUAUCGUAAAGGAAAACAUGCGCCAAUUCAGCUGUGGUCCCUGCCGAUCGGCUCCCAUGAUCAUGACUGUUUGUGUACCCAUGACCGGGUACGUCCCCGGUCAGUUGGUCCGCGUAACCGUAGACAUUAUGAACAAAAGCCGCAAGGACAUCAGCGAAGUGAAGCUCAAGCUCCGCCGCCAGGUGAAAUAUCUCAGCCAAUCCCCCAGCGAACGAUCCAAAACUGUAUUCUGCACCCUGGUCAAGUACCAGUGCAGCGGAGUCGAUCGGGACCGUUCGGCAGGGUACGAACGUCGGUUGCUCAUACCACCGGAACCCCCGACUCGGUCCAGCACCAUCAUCCGCAUCGAAUACUUUAUCGAAAUAAUCGCCAAAGUGGUGGGACUGCACGCGAGUCCGCGGGUCAAGAUUCCGAUCACCAUUGGGACGGUGCCGUUGGCGAAUCUUAACAAAUCUCAGGAGCAAUCGUCGGUGGUGGACGGGAAUCCGAUGUUGAAGGGCGUGUCGACGACGUCGGUGUCUAACCUGGCGACGCAGCACAUGGCGUCGAGUUUGCAGUCGUUGAAAAUGCCCCACAGCUUCGAGGAAUCACCGAGCCGGGCUGCCAUCGACAUCCAGGAAGACGACGAGCAGCAAACGCUGGGGGCCAAACCGUUUGCCCCGCGCUAUCCGGUGUACAAGUUUGGGGAGGGAGCCCCCUCGACAGCAGCUUCAACAACUGCAACCGCAACAUUAACCACAACUCCGACAACCCCAGCAGAAAUGACGAAAAUUGAACCGGUGAAAGGGUCAAAUGGAGUGAGCUGAUCCGAACGAAGUGAAAAGUGACGCAAAUAGCAGUUGUCGAUAAAAGUGACGUCAGGAAAAGUAUUUCCUAAAGAAACGGUACACACUCUUGUUGCACUUAGUCUUAUCAGUAGACGUUGGACUUGUUACGUUGUGACGAAAUGUUUGCCGAAUUGGGCUUCAUGUGUGAAAUUAGAUCGAAUGUGAUACAGUAAUGGUGCCUUUUUGAGUGGUUGCAAAUAUAGUAAAGC